AUGAAUACCCGAGGUCGUGGUUCAUCUUCCAAAUCUGUGAAGUCUCAGAAGGAAACAGUUCCUGAGUCAGUUCCCACUGCCAUUCCGCAUGUUCCAGCAUCUAUCCCUGCUGUCUCCCCUUCUACAGGCCAUCGACCUAAGACCACAGCAAGAAAGAAAGUUCUUGCCCUUCCGGGUCCUGAAGGAGUUCCUUUGAUUGGGGCUACGAGUAAAGGAGUUACCUUUCCCAACCUUGAUGAUCAACAAAACCUAGCCUCGGUGGUUCCACUCGCCUCAUCUGAAGGUCAAGUAAAAUCCAAUCUGGCCUUGAAUACAAGUCAUUCCCAAUCAGUAUCCACUGAAGCUGAGUCUGAUCCCUCUGAACAUGACUCUGAAUCUUCGUUAUCCCCUGAUGUGUUGACCCCCAAGGCAAAGGGAAAACGCAAAUCCAAAGCCGCUAGAACAAGGAGAACCAAGAAGGCCAAAGCAAAAAUCAACCCACCUCCUUGCACCUCAUCGGAAGAUGUUUCUCCUGAAACGGAAGACUCACUACCUGAUUUGGACCCUUCCUUGACUGAGCCAAUUCCUAAAGUUCCUCUUGAAGAUUUGGAGGAGGAGACUGAAUCUGAAGAAGACCCAUCUGAAACCAUUCCUGCUCCAUUUGAACCAAAGGGCACAACACAAUUGGCAUUUACCGAAUUGUCUACCAAACUCACUAAACAAAAAGGUGCCCGUGUCCGUACCUCAGCGUAUGUUAGGGGUCAUUGGUAUAAGUUUAGUCCUAUUGAAAUUGCUAAAGCCCUCAAUCUCGAUCCUGUUGAGAUUGAUGAUUCUAUUGAGUUUACAAAGGAUCAAGUCUUGUCUGAAUUGCGUCCUUUGAAGAAGUCCCAUGAGACCUUGACCUCUCCUUUGGUUGGUCCUACCUACACUAUCAAAGAGGACCAUGCUCUGUCCGCAGCUCGAAAGGUCAAAGGCAUUAAUCUGGCUGGUUCAGGGUCUUGCAAUGUCGCGUCUGACACUCCUGCUGUCCUGACUGCUCUUGCUUCUGUCUAG